AUGAGUCGCAAGUUCAGGCGCUUUUUUCAAGUCGUGCUGGUUCUUGUCCUAUAUUGCGUGGCAACUAUCGCCUACAAAGGCCAGGUAAGCGAACCAGAGACCAAUUCAUUCGAUGAAAGGAACCUUGACGCAGUGAACUUUCAACAACAGUUCCGUCUCUCCCCACAAGAGCAGUACCAGCAGGAAAUUCAGUCUACUACACGGCAAUUUGAUACAUUUGCGUCAACGCUCAAGAGGAUCCUACCGCAACGAUCCCGCAACCCUCACCUUAUUGACGAUCCCCGCCUGAAGUCCUCGACAACUGAACCUACGCCAAAGAUCUAUCGCCCAUACCCUGAUUAUGGGAGUAAAGAGUGGAAGAGCAGCCACCGUGGCUCUUUCAAACCCUGCAUGGGGCCCCGAGGCAAAGAAGUGACAGACAACUUGGACGACCAAGUAAGCGCCUACGUCGGCACUCCGAAAGGCUUCCCCACAACGCUUUUUGGUUCCCACAAGGCAGUCGGUCUCGACGAGUCGCUCUCGUUUGAUCGCUACACUCGCUACGGUGCCUACGGCUACGCAGAAGACGAAUCAAACGUCGAAAACUGGGCUCAACCUAGCAAAGUCAACUGGAAUGGAGUUGAUUGGGGAACGCUCCAAGAUCAAUGCGCCGCGAUCAACGCCGACCGAUUCGACGCGCAGUCGCAGGGACCGAACAGCCACAUCGCCCCAGAGGCACGCACGGCCAUUCUCAUUCGCUCCUACACUGGCAAGACUUUCUCGGACAAUGACAUUGUCAACCUUCGCGCCAUGGUUUCUGAGCUGUCGCUCCAGUCAGGAGGAGAGUAUAAGGUUGUUUUGUUGACGCACGUCAAGGAUGACAGUGUACCGCUCGAUGAUCCCACUGUGUGGCAGUGGCUUUUGCAGGAAAACAUCCCUCGGGAGUUCUGGGGGAUCACUCAUUUCUGGAAUAUGCCUCAAGUGGUCGGCAAUUAUCCUGAGCUUAGUCCCGAACUCAUGGAUGUUCAUCAUUCACAAUGGCUCCCAGUACAGCAGUACACCCUCCAAAAUCCUCAAUUCGAGUACAUCUGGAACUGGGAAAUCGACACCCGCUUCACAGGCCACUACUAUGAAUUCGCCGACAGGGUUGCAAACUUCGGGUCACGACAGCCCCGCCGAGGAAUCUGGGAGCGCAGCGAACGAUUCUACAUCCCGGGCUACCACGGAGAUUACGACGGGCGAUACCGAUCAUUCGUCGAUGCUCAAAGCGGACUCGGUGUCUGGGGUGCGAUGCCUAUGAGGCUAGCGAACGGCGAGGAGAUCAUUCGCCAAGGGCCUGCACCACCCGUCCCAGUUGCCAGCCAGGACCCCUACCAAUGGGGUGUUGGCGAGCAAGCAGACCUAAUGGUUUUCUUGCCCAUGUUCAAUCCCAUCAACACGGAAUGGGUCAUCCGAAACGAGGUUUUUGGGUAUCUCGCCGCUGAAACCCCGCGACGAGCCGCCUUGAUUACCCACAGCCGCCUUUCAAGACGACUGAUUUUGACCAUGGACAGCGAAAACCGUGCAGGUCGCCAUAUGAGCGCUGAAAUGUUCCAUGUUUCGACUGCCUUCAUUCACGGAUUCAAAGGUGUCUCGGUACCGCAUCCCGUCUAUUCAGAUCGGUUGUUGCCGAGUGACCGCGUUAGUCGCUGGUUCAACUCCGGUGUCAACGGUCGCAGCGGAAGUACAAUGGAUAGUCCAUUUUCCUGGGGCCGAGAGUCCCGGUUCAAGGAUGUAUCUUGGUACUACCGCGCUAACCUACCCGGGCGACUCUACUGGAACUUUUUGGGUUGGGAGAAGGAAGGCACGGGUGGACCCCAGUACGAAGAAGAAAAUGGACGCUAUUGUCUACCAUCUAUUCUUUUCCAUCCCGUUAAGGAUGUUCAACCUGAUGCGGAUAGCACGCAUUAUGAUUUCGAUGCUGAUAACGGAUCAAUAGCUACACCGGAUGAACUUGCGCAUAUCAACAACCCGUGA